AUUAUCAAGUGAUAUUUUCAAACUUUAAACAUUUUUUAACUCAAAAACACGACUGGCUGCUGGAUGAAUGAUUGAACUAGCACCCAACCACCGGGCGAGGCAAGUUUUCUGGGGGAAACUUUGUCAUUCUUAAAAAGCAGACACUCCACCACCAAGCAAUACAAAACUCAUUUUACAUCACUAAAAAGUAAAUAAAACUCAUUCCAAAAAUCUACACUACGGCCCCAAACAACACACUUGUUUUCAACCACUAAAAAGCAAAACACAUUUUAAAUAACUAAUACAAAACUCAUUGUACACCAUCAACUAAUACAAAACUUAAUUCUAAAAAGCCCAAAUCCCAUCAUUAAAAAAUGAACAUUAUUUUUAAACCACAAGAAACAAAUAUAAACUAGUUUUAAAAAGUGUUCACUCCACCAUCAAUCAAUGUAAAACUCCUCCACCACCAAAUAAUAAAAAAACAACCAAACCGAACAGGUUAUAAAAGUAGAAGAUCCCAUAAUCUACUUUCUCUCUGGCAUGCAGCUGGACGACUCGUUGUUGACCCUCAUCAGCUCAAUUCAGAUGGUUGAAGGUCUGAAUCUCAGUCCAAACUGGACAAAGUGUCCUUGUCCAACUUCACUGGUUCCGUCGUCUUUGACGCUCCACAGCACGGAUCCACCUGGAAGGUCCAGAACAUCAGAUGAGUUUUGUUCAUUAAGAAUGUAAAUGCUGUUCAGUCAGCUGCUGUGUUAAUUUGAACACUGAUGCUGAUUUGACUCUAAUUGUGUCCAGUUCAGGCUCUGCUGGGUCUGUGUGGAAAUUAAAGGAGGUCUGAGUGAAGAGAGGCUCUCUGAGGACGGCUCCACCAGUGAAUUGAUCCAGUUUAGCAAAACUCAACACCCUGCAGAACCUGAUCUACAGACAGCAGAGAACGUUCAUCAAAGGAAUCUGUCAAACUAUUGGAAAUCAAACAUUUUGAGAUCAUCUGGAUCUGCAAAUUGUUGCCAACACCAGACCAAGGCAGAUUGACACCGAAGAAGAACCAACACUGACAAUCAGGAUGUGCCUGUUAUUGACCACACCUCUCUUCAUUGCUGUGGUUGUAAUACUUCUGUUACUCUGGCAGAACAUCAUCACUGUGACAGACUUAAUGAAAGCAGGAAAGCAAGUUUCAGAUGUAGUAAUCCCAGCUUUGGAUGAUCCAAAGAUAUCAGGAGCAUUAACACUAACCGUCACUGCAGUGUUCAUUUUGACAAACUCACUGGAAACGACUCUGUUGGUUCUGGUUGAUAUCGCACUGUGGUUGCAUUGGCUCAAUAUCCUCCCACUGAGAGAGUUAAUUAGGUUAGCUACAGAGUUUUAUCAGUCAGUCGUACCGGGAACAAAUCAGACCUGCACUGAUUCAAAGCCUGAGGCUAAACGAUUGGCUGAUGUUGUUAAAGAAAAAAGCACUUUACUGACUUCACAAACCGGACAUGCCGAGAUUUACAAACUUCAUCUAGAAGGAAAACAGAUCAACAUUAAUGGCUGCAAGAGCUUCACUUUUGGAGAGAAAUCCAUGAAUUGUAACAGAAACAUCAUGGUUCUUGGAGCUGCAGGUGCUGGAAAGUCCACUGCCAUCAAUGCGAUGAUAAACUACGUUCUAGGCGUUAGAUGGGAAGACUCGUUUCGGUUUAAGUUAGUGGAUGAAGGUCAGUCAGACUCACAGGUUCACAGUCAGACAUCAGAAAUCACAGUGUACAAACUCUACCACCAGGAGGGAUUCAGGGUGAACUACUCCCUCACCAUCAUAGACACUCCAGGCUUUGGGGGAAUCGGCGGCGUAGACAGAGACAAGGAGAUCACAGAGCAGCUGCGAAACCUCUUUACUAACCAGGAAGGUGUUGGUGAAGUUGAUGCUGUGUGUUUUGUAGUUCAGGCAGGUCUAACUGAACUGACAUCAACACAAAGAUAUGUGUUUGAUUCAGGGCUGUCAAUCUUUGGCAAAGAUGUGGCAGAAAACAUCAGGAUCCUGGUGACGUUUGCAGACGAGCAGCAGCAACCAGUUGUAGAGGCCAUCAAAGUGUCCGGUGUCCCAUGUCCUAAAGGUGCAGACGGGCUGCCAGUUCACUUCAAAUUCAAUAACUCAGUGCUGUUUGCUAACAACAAAUCCUUAGUGGCAAGAAUUUGGUCCAAUGAAGAGAAAACCUUUGAGUAUUGGAACAUGGGGACAAAGAACAUGGCCGGAUUUUUUGCUAGUUUAGCUAGCAUCAAAACCAUAAAGUUAACAAUGACCAAUGAGGUUCUGAAAGAAAGAAAGCACCUGGAAAGUACAGUGGAGGAGCUGCAGAAGCAGGUUAAACUUGGCUUAGCCAAGCUGGAGGAUAUCAGGGAGACAAACGACAAACUCAAAGAGCAUGAAGCAGAAAUCAGAAACAAUGAGAACUUUGAGUUUGAUGUUACUGUAAGAAAGAAUGAGCAAGUUGAUAUUUCUCACACUGGGAUGUUUAUCAUGAACUGCAUGCAGUGUCAUGUUACCUGUCACUUCCCUUGUAACAUAGAAAAAGAUGAGGAUAAAAAAGGAUGUGAUGCAAUGGACAAAGAUGGAUACUGUAAAAGGUGUCCAGGGAAAUGUUUCUGGAAUGUGCAUUUUAACCAGAGCUUCAGAUGGGAAUAUCAGGAAAUUUCUGAGAAGAGAACAUUGAAAGAACUGAAAGAAAAAUACGAGAAAGCCUUUGGACAGAAGGUAACCUUAGAGGAGCUGAUGAAAAAUCUGAUGUCAGAGUAUCGAUCUAUGCAGGAUGAUGUGGUGAAACUGAUUGCAGAAGCUGCAAAGUGUCUGUACAGACUGAAAGAGAUAGUCCUGAACCCAAACCCCCUUACUACUCCAGAAUACAUCAACAUGCUCAUUAAAGGAGAGGAACAGGAGGCCAAGACAGGCUGGAAGGAGAGAGUUCAGUCUCUGAUGAAACUGAAGGAAAAGGCAGAGAUCAUAGCUAAAGUAGAGAAGGGAGAGGAAAUCCUGGUGAAUCAAUAAUCUGCUGAUGCCGUCACAACAAAUCUAAACUCAGAACUGUGCCAAGGUGAGACUAAAAUAGGUUUACUUCCACAAGUGGAAUAUGAUGUGUGUAUGUAUUUAUACUGAUGUGGAAAAAUUACAAUAAGGUCACACCUGCUAAAUGUAUUGCUAUAUGUUUAUUCUGAGUUCUGUAUACUGUAGUCCCACUAAGCUAAAGCUAUUUGGGUUUCAUGCACAAGGUUGGACGUUGUUUCCCCCAGCUGCCUGGGAACCAGCCUGAUUCCCAGGCUUUGGAUCCCUUUUGUAUAAAACUCAUGUGUUGUCUCUGCAUGGCAGAGCUUUCCGUUUCAGACUUGCUUCAUUUUUGAUUGUCCUACAAGCUCUCUAAGUUGUGUGCAAUUCAUGAAUAAACCUGAUUGAGUGAUUUUACCUGAACAGUGCUUGGAAAUAGUUUUAUUUCCACGAUAGUUUGGUGCCGUGACCCGGAUCCCUUGACUGGACAUCCGAGGACGUCGACGAACAGCGUUUGGCCAACCUGGACUAGACUCCAGCCUCAAACCUCGAUUAGGAUUUGAGAGAGACGAGGGCUGUUGGUCGGCUCCACGGCUCCAGCGCUGGGAUCAACGAACUCAAAACCACUGUUAUCAGGUGGGAAAUUCACUCAGGCUAACAAAUUACUUUUACAAAUUCUAAAUUAUUAAAUCUAAAUUAGUAAAGGAUCCUAUAAACCUUUCACCCUGGGGAAUGGAGAUUGUUGGUGUUAACAGGAAAAGUUGGGUUAAAGUCCCACAGGAAAAUUUUUUUUUUAAAUAUGUAAAAUAAAAUUAAAAUAAAAAAAUAAGUAAAAGAGGAGAUGUUAAAGUCCUUCCAAGAUGUUUGGGUUCGAGUCCCAAACCGAAGAGAAAAAAGGAACCAUGGGUUUCUAGGCUAGAGUCCUAGUUAAAGUCCUUAUUGGUGAAUAAGGCAGGUAUUUUCUUAAGUUUUGGUUUUCUAAAUUGAGGGAACUAAACCUUUAGAGAAUCCUAAAGACCUUUAUCAGAAAUAAAGGCCCCUCUUUGAGGAGUAAGAGGCAGAGCGACCACAAAGCUGAUUUGUUGGAUUCUGCGAAGAUAUUUGCAGUUUAAAGAGGAAAUCCCACCCAAUUCAGGAAGAAUGGGUCUACGUGGUUCCAGAACGCAAUCUCCUCCUCAGGGUGAAUUGCUUAACUAUGUGAUAACGAAAUAUGGAGGAAAAAAUUAACGUAAAGAAAAUACAUUAAGAGAAAAAAAAACAGAGACUAAGAGUCUUGUUGAUCUUGAGAAACAUAAAGAAAGUUUAGAAAUGCUAGAUGAAAGAAAAUGACCGUAAACUCUAGUUUCUGGCUCCCUACCAAAACACUUUUCUGCUCAGACUGCUGAGCUUGUGGCACUAACAGAGGCAUGUAACCUAGCAGCUGGUAAGUCUGCCUCGAUAUUUUCUGAUUCGAACUAUGCAUUCAAAAUUGUGCAUAGUUUUGGAGUUAUAUGGAAACAGAAAAUUUCUUAAAGCGGAUGGUAAGCCUAUUCUAAACUUUUCUCAAGUUGCAGAUUUGUUGGAUGCUAUCAUAUUACCUGCUGCCAUCUCUGUGACUAAAUGUCAGGCUCACAAAAUUCUGAUGAUACCGUUGCCGUGGCAACGCGAGAGCUGAUAUGGCAGCAAAACAGGCUGCACAACGGCCUUCAACGAUGAGCUGCCCUCCUUCCACACUUCCCCUCUCUGAUAUUGAAGCACUACAGUCUUUUGCUUCAGGAACAGAGAGGCGUGUUUGGAAAUCCUCAGUGGCUGUUUUUAAAAAUGGAAUAUGGAUGGGUCCGAAUGGCAAACCAUGCCUUCUAAAACAUUUUUUUCCACACUUAGCAAAACUAACUCAUGGUUUUGACCAUGUUUUGAAGUCUGGAAUGGUUGCUGCACUUACAGCACACUGGUUUACAAAAGGAUUCAGUUCUUUUGCACAAAGACACUGUCAAACAUGCAUGAUUUGUGCAACACACAAUACAGGGAGAGGUGCGAGCACAUCUCAGGCUGCACAGCCUCCACCUGACAGACCUUUUCACUAUAUGAUGAUGGACUUUAUUGAACUUUCCCCUGCUAAGGGGAAGAAAUUUUGCUUUAUCAGACAUUACUUUGGGUUUAUUUAAAAUGAAACGGACAUGGGAGCAGAUAAAAAAUGGGAUUGGGGGCUUAAAGAGAGACAAGGUAAAAAUUUAAAGGGAAAGAAGCAGGAGGUAUUAGAGGACAUGAUUGUUUUAAACAACAAUGAUAAAGAAAAUAUACAAGUUUACCAAAACCUGUAAGUUACAGCUAAAGUUUGGUUGACCUAUCAUUCACCAACUUUUUUCUUAGUGUUUUUCAAAAUUAUGCAAUUUUAUCUUAAUGAUGUCAUAAGAUCAUGAAUAAAAAUGUAAAGAACCACCUGGAAUUUUCUCCAUGUAAUGUUGUAUCCAACUAAUCCAAUUGUUAGCAUGACUUUGGUUUUAAUAGGAAAUUCUUUCAGUCACCCAAACUGUAGCAGCUAAAUGCGUUAGCCACCUAUAAGGUUCUGUUCAACGGGAGAUUAUAUUUCAUUUGGUUGGACAGUAAAUUGUAUUUUAACAACAGAAAAAUUUACCGUACCUUAAAGUUUUCAAUUUAAUUAAUUUUUCUCCAUCUUUAUGGUGUAGCUAAUUUAGACUUUCUAAUUAUAGGGAAAAUUUGUAUCUUUAGCAUAUCUGUAUGGUAAAGAGUACACAGCAGUUUAUCGAUCAAUGUAAAUGGUUAAGACCAAUAGGAAUGUCAAUGGGCUAGUUUCUCAGGAGAUUAGAUUACGACUCAUGAAGAAGCAGACAGAUAUUGGAAGUUUGCAGUUGUUAGUAACUUGUAUUUAUAGUGCAAAACUAUCUACAUAUUUACAAUAAUCAGUGAAAAUAUCUGAAUGGCCAUUCAAGUAAAAUGCACAAAAGAGAAAAAUAAACAAAACAACCAAAACACAAAAAGAGUUCAAUAAUCAAUAUUCCUUCAACCCACACCCUUCAGUAAAUCAACCCAAAGCUGGGGUUUGUGAGAGGUACCAAGCAGAUGAAUCCAAAAGUGCUUGGACUAGUGCAGGUUAUGGAGUGGGAAAACCUUCAAAGAUCAGAGUUGGAAAAAACCGUUUGUUGGCUGCAAUGAGCCUCCUGCCAGCCUGGCAGGAGAAGCAGAAAUCUUCACACCAUAAAAGUCCAAUCUUUUUAGGCUCAAGUCCUGGACCAUUAGCUCCCCAUCAAACCUGGCCAGUUCUGCACUUUAUACCUCACACAAACGCUCUUUUCCCCUCAGCCUGAAUGAUGGUAGGCGGCUCCCGUAGCUGCAGCUCCUUUCCAGCGAGUCCCGUCUGUUUUACAUGCUUAUUGCUCACAGUAACAUGGCUACCGAAUAGGCUGUGGUAACCAGUGUGACCUCCAAAAUGUCUCAGCGAUUGGCUAUUGAAUAAUCUUGCAAGUAUGAUCAAUAUAUGAGAACUAGCGUGAGAUUUUACCGUGGGAACAGAGAACCGAAGAGACCAAGGAAAUGGGAAGAUGGAGGUUGGAUUUCACAUUUUACUCGGGUCUGAAUAUAGAGAAUCAGCUUCUCUGCACCUCAAACCUGGAACAAACUCUCAGAAAACUUAAAAACAGCUAAAACUCUGAGUUCCUUUAGAUCAAGGCUUAAACCCAGCAGAGUUUAUUAUGAACCAUAAUAAAUGGAACAUUGACCAACUUAUUGGGUGGUUUGAAUGAUGUCACUUGACAAACUAAUGUCUGUUACUGGUUGUCACAGUUGUUGACUGUAUGAUGUGUUCAUGAUGUUUUUGUGUUUUCAUGAUGUAAAUAACUCUGAGCUCCACUGUUGCAGAUAUAUAAUAUACAAAAACAAAUAAACUUGAUUGAUUUGAA